GUUUCUUUCAGCACAAGACUUAACGUUAGAGAAGGUUUGGUGGGGCUAGGGACCAAGGGCACUUAGCUUGCUCGUUUCUUAAAUAUAUAUGGCUGCUCUGGCGGAAGAUCAAGGUCGAGGGGCUCGUAGGAUAAAGGACACGGAGGCCGAGCAGGAGAAGAAGCGCUCGCAGAAGCCCGUGGUCUCCGAGGAGGGCGCUAGUCAAGGGGAGAAUAAUAUGGCACCCACAUCCGGCAAUUCAAUUCACCGCUCGAGUUCAAGGCCUCAGCUCGAUGUCAGUAAAGCUGAAAUUCAAGGGAAUGUUGAGGAGAAGUAUCCCACUAUUUUGUUACCCAACCAAUCUGAUGAUAUAUCUCAUCUGGCUCUUGACCUUGGAGGAUCUCUGAUAAAGUUGGUGUAUUUUUCAAGACACGAAAACCAAUCAGUCAAUGAUAAAAGGAAGAAAAGCGUGAAGGAGAGACUGGGAAUUUCUAAUGUUAACAGGAGAAGCUAUCCUAUUCUCGGUGGGAGACUUCAUUUUGUGAAGUUCGAGACCAGCAAGAUAAAUGAGUGCUUAGAAUUUAUUCAUUCAAAGCAGCUUCACUGUGGUGGGUUGGAAUCACGUUACUCUGAUAAUGUGGCUGACCGGGAUGCCAUAAUUAAGGCUACAGGAGGUGGAGCUUACAAGUUUGCUGACCUUUUCAAAGAAAAACUUGGGGUUAGUAUUGAAAAAGAAGAUGAAAUGGCAUGUCUUGUGUCAGGAGCAAAUUUCUUGCUUAAGGCAAUUCGUCAUGAAGCUUUCACCCAUAUGGAGGGCCAAAAAGAAUUCAUUCAAAUUGACCCCAAUGAUCUGUUUCCUUAUCUUCUAGUUAAUAUUGGAUCUGGUGUUAGUAUGAUCAAGGUUGAUGGGGAUGGGAAAUUUGAGAGGGUUAGUGGCACGAAUGUUGGUGGUGGUACAUAUUGGGGCUUGGGAAGGCUUUUGACAAAGUGCAAGAGUUUUGAUGAGUUGCUGGAGCUGAGUCAAAAAGGAGAUAAUAGGACCAUUGAUAUGCUUGUUGGGGAUAUUUAUGGUGGUAUGGACUACUCUAAGAUUGGCCUAUCAGCUUCAACCAUAGCUUCAAGUUUUGGCAAGGCUAUAUCAGACAAAAAGGAGCUUGAAGACUAUAGACCUGAAGAUAUCUCCUUGUCUCUUUUACGAAUGAUUUCAUACAAUAUUGGUCAGAUAUCUUAUUUGAAUGCACUGCGAUUUGGACUGAAGCGUAUCUUUUUUGGAGGAUUUUUUAUACGGGGUCAUGCAUAUACCAUGGACACUAUUUCUUUUGCUGUUCAGUUCUGGUCUAAAGGGACAGCACAAGCAAUGUUCUUGCGACAUGAAGGAUUCCUAGGAGCAUUCGGAGCAUUUAUGAGCUAUGAAAAGCAUGGUCUAGAUGACCUCAUGGUGCACCAGUUAGUUGAAAGAUUCCCAAUGGGUGCCCCGUAUACUGGAGGCAAGAUUCAUGGCCCUCCACUUGGUAAUUUGAACGAGAAGAUUUCGUGGAUGGAGAAGUUUUUGCAAAAGGGAACUGAGAUAACUGCACCUGUGCCAAUGAUUCCACCUGGAACUACAGGACUUGGGGGUUUUGAAGUACCUUUGUCAAAAGGAAGUACUCUGCGGUCUGAUGCCAGUGCUCUAAAUGUUGGUGUACUCCACCUAGUACCAACAUUGGAGGUGUUUCCAUUAUUAGCUGACCCUAAAACGUAUGAGCCUAAUACUAUUGAUCUCUCAGAUCACAGUGAAUUAGAAUAUUGGUUCACAAUUCUUUCAGAGCACUUGCCUGAUCUUGUGGACAAGGCAGUCGCAAGUGAAGGUGGAACUGAUGAUGCCAAAAGAAGGGGUGAUGCUUUUGCUCGUGCAUUUUCUGCUCACUUGGCAAGAUUGAUGGAAGAACCUGCUGCAUAUGGGAAAUUAGGCUUGGCGAAUCUAUUGGAAAUGAGAGAAGAGUGCUUGAGAGAAUUCCAGUUUGUUGACGCCUAUAGAAGUAUAAAGCAGAGGGAAAAUGAGGCUUCACUUGCUGUUUUACCCGACUUGCUGGUGGAGCUUGAUAGUAUGGAUGAGGAAACAAGACUACUUGCACUAAUUGAAGGUGUUCUUGCUGCCAACAUUUUUGAUUGGGGAUCUCGUGCAUGUGUAGAUCUUUAUCAUCAAGGAACAAUUAUUGAAAUUUAUAGAAUGAGCCGCAACAAAAUGCAGAGACCUUGGCAGGUGGAUAAUUUUGAUGACUUCAAAGAGAGAAUGUUGGGGAGUGGGGAUCGAAAGCCUACCUCACACAGAAGAGCUUUGCUCUUUGUGGAUAAUUCAGGUGCUGAUGUUGUUCUAGGGAUGCUUCCCCUGGCAAGAGAGUUCCUUCGGCGUGGAACUGAAGUGGUUCUGGUCGCAAAUUCCCUCCCUGCAUUAAAUGAUAUAACUGCAAUAGAACUUCCUGACAUCAUAGCUGAGGCUGCUAAGCAUUGUGACAUUCUUAGGCGAGCUGCUGAAGCCGGAGGCUUACUUGUGGAUGCAAUGAUUAGCACUUCAGACAGCUCUAAAGAAAGUUCAACUUCAGUUCCCUUGAUGGUUGUUGAGAAUGGGUGUGGGAGUCCUUGUAUAGACUUAAGACAGGUCAGCUCUGAGUUGGCUGCUGCUGCUAAAGAUGCUGACUUGAUAAUUUUGGAAGGGAUGGGUAGAGCUCUUCAUACCAACCUCAAUGCCCGGUUUAAGUGUGAUGCCUUGAAGCUUGCAAUGGUGAAAAACCAGAGGUUGGCUGAAAAGUUGAUUAAAGGGAAACUAUACGACUGCAUUUGCAAAUAUGAGCCUGCCAAUUGAACUCCCUUGUGCAAUGUUAAUAGUAUAGUUGACUCUAAAGAGUCUUCGGUUGUAACUUUGUUAGAAUAAAUAAUGAUUUUUUUGUGGUAAUAAUUUGGUUUUCCUCUUACCAGAAAUAAUUUUGAAUAAUUCUCAGUAGAUAACUAAAAAUGUUUACUUCACUAAGUUUGAAUAAGUUUGACUUGGGUGAUGAACUUCUCUUU